AUGGCGGACGACACGACCUACGCACCAAAGUCGCCGGACCUCUCUUCUUUUUUCUCGGCAGCACCCGCCCCGCCUACACCUCCACUGCACACUCACAGUCUGCAGCACUACCAGCAACAACUGAGCAAGCUCCAAACCUCUCCGUCUCCGUCUGCGUCUGCUGCACCACCGCCCGUAUAUGAAUACUCCUCCCCCUCAGCACGCAUUCACCACCCAAGCCAGUCAUCUUCUACUCCUGUUCACAUCAAACAAGAGCAGCCCCACUUCCCAUCACCAGCGGCAAUCAAAACGGAAUUCUCUUCCUAUCAGCCACCGCUACAACCCCACCACCACCAAGGUCAGCACCAGCACCAGUACCAACCGCUUCAGCAACAACAGCAGCAGGAGCAGCACCAACACCACCAACAUUACCUAUCUCCUCAAUACCACCACCAGUCACCGCCACACAACCACCCAUCUCCGCAAUAUCCCCCACCACAUAUGCAAAGCGCCUAUGGGAUACAGCCCGUUCUCAACUACCAGGAACAGCAAGCUCAUCAGCCCAAAACACCUCAAAGCCAAGGAUUUCUAGACCAAAAAACCUUUGGCGGAGCACCCCAAUUACACGAUAUCCCCUACAACCCAGAUACACAACAUCUACCACAAACACCAGCUUCAGCAACUAUGCCUCCCAGAAAGAACACAAAGCAGGCUGACUCGCCACCUCCAAUUGACCCUUCACCCGUUCGGACAAAGUUCCCCACAGCCAGGAUAAAGCGUAUCAUGCAGGCUGAUGAGGAGGUUGGCAAGGUCGCCCAGCAGACUCCCAUUGCUGUUGGCAAGGCUCUCGAGAUGUUCAUGAUUGCUGUUGUCAGCCGAAGUGCCGAAAUCGCGCGGGAGAAGAACUCCAAGCGUGUCACGGCUCAGAUGCUCAAGCAGGUCAUCGAGACAGAUGGCCAGUACGACUUCUUGGCCGACAUUGCUGCAAAGGUUGGCGACGAAGAGAAGAGAGGUGGCCGCUCCAAGGCUGAGUCGUCAAGCGACGAGGAAAUGGAAGUUGAGACGAAGAAGAAGGGCAAGGGCGGCCGUAAGAAGAAGGCCGCUGCAUGA